UAGGUUUGUGCAUACUCUACCAAAAGUUAUAUCCAGUGCUGAUUAAGUGAUUACUGUGUGCUGGAAGUGAUUAGAAUAUAAGCACUCUACUGGUAUUGCCACUUCACAGAUGAUAAAGUGAAGAAUAAGAAGUUAAGUUUUGGGUUCAAGUUGAGACCUGGUGGUUGGAGGUGGAAGGAAAGAGAAAAUGGAUUCUUAUUUUUCAGCAGAGAACUCAACUCUGGCCAUUAAUAUGAAUGAAACUUUGUCUGCAACAGUAACUCAUGGAUUUAAUUCCACCAGCGACCCACCUUCAAUGUCCAUAACAAGGCUUUUCCCAGCCUUGCUAGAGUGCUUUGGCAUAGUCCUUUGUGGCUACAUAGCGGGAAGGGCCAAUGUCAUAACUUCAACACAGGCCAAAGGACUGGGAAAUUUCGUCUCAAGAUUUGCCCUUCCAGCUUUAUUAUUCAAAAACAUGGUUGUACUUAAUUUCUCUAAUGUGGACUGGGCUUUCCUAUAUAGUAUCUUAAUUGGCAAGGCCUCUGUGUUUUUCACUGUAUGUGUUUUAACCUUAUUGGUUGCCAGUCCUGAGAGCCGAUUUAGCAAAGCUGGACUAUUCCCUAUUUUUGCUACACAAAGCAAUGACUUUGCAUUGGGAUAUCCUAUAGUUGAAGCUCUGUAUCAAACUACAUACCCGGAAUACCUCCAGUAUAUUUAUUUGGUGGCACCAAUAUCUCUUAUGAUGUUAAACCCUAUAGGGUUUAUAUUCUGUGAAAUCCAGAAGUCUAAGGACACUCAAAAUGCUUCUCAAAAUAAAGUAAAAAUUGUGGGACUUGGAUUUCUACAUGUGUUACAGAACCCGAUAGUAUUUAUGGUCUUUGUUGGCAUUGCCUUCAAUUUUAUUCUUGAUAAAAAGAUCCCUGUAUAUAUGGAAAAUUUUCUUGAUGGACUUGCAAAUUCCUUCUCUGGAUCAGCCCUGUUUUACCUUGGUCUGACAAUGGUAGGAAAAAUAAAGCGACUGAAGAAGUCGGCAUUUGUCAUGCUUACUCUCCUCAUCACGGCUAAACUCCUGGUGCUGCCCCUUCUGUGCAGAGAAAUGGUAGAACUCUUGGACAAGGGUGACAGUGUGGUGAACCAUACAAGUUUGUCGAAUUAUGCCUUUCUCUAUGGCGUCUUCCCUGUAGCCCCAGGAGUGGCUAUCUUUGCAACACAGUUCAAUAUGGAAGUAGAGAUUAUAACCUCAGGAAUGGUAAUAAGCACAUUUGUGUCUGCUCCAAUCAUGUAUGUUUCUGCCUGGUUACUGACCUUUCCCACCAUGGAUGCUAAGCCAUUGGCAUAUGCCAUUCAGAAUGUUAGUUUUGAUAUAAGUAUUAUCAGUCUGGUCUCCUUGAUCUGGUCUCUGGCUGUUCUUCUCUUGAGUAAGAAAUACAAGCAGCUUCCUCAUAUGCUUACAACUAAUUUACUCAUUGCUCAGUCUAUUGUUUGUGCUGGAAUGAUGAUAUGGAAUUUUGUUAAAGAAAAAAAUUUUGUUGGACAAAUUUUGGUGUUUGUUCUAUUGUACAGCUCCCUGUACAGCACCUAUUUGUGGACAGGCCUUCUAGCCGUUUCUUUGUUUCUUUUAAAAAAGAGGGAGAGCAUGCAGAUCCCUGUGGGAAUUAUCAUAAUAUCUGGCUGGGGAAUCCCUGCUCUCCUUGUUGGUGUGCUGUUGAUAACUGGAAAACACAAUGGAGACAGCAUUGACUCCGCCUUCUUUUAUGGAAAAGAGCAGAUGAUCACCACAGCAGUCACCCUGUUCUGCAGCAUUGUGAUAGCUGGUGUGUCACUCAUGUGCAUGAACCGUACCACCCAAGCAGGCCACUAUGAAGGUUUCGGCCAAUCUCAGAACCACAAGCCAGUAGAGCCUGCAAGCACUGCAUUUGAGGAGAGCCAAGCACCAACAAAUGAACCAGAACUCUUCCCAAGUUCUAUCCCAGAGAGAAGUUGCUGUUCUUGUUCCUUGGGAAAUGGUGACCUAUGCUGUCCAUCAACAGAGCCAGUAAUGAAUGCAAGUGCCAGUGGGCCUAUGCCUUCUUCCAUUGAGAAAACGGACCACUGUGUGAGUCGCUGUGAUUCCCAAAGCUGCAUCCUAGCCCAGGAGGAAGAACUGUACCUGCAGACUGGAGACCCCCAACUGACUCGACAUGUCCUGCUGUGUUUACUUCUCAUCAUUGGCCUGUUCGCUAAUCUCUCUAGUUGUUUAUGGUGGCUGUUCAACCAUGAGACUGGACGUUUGUAUGUGGAACUGCAGUUUUUCUGUGCUGUGUUUAACUUCGGCCAGGGAUUUAUUUCCUUUGGAAUCUUUGGUUUGGAUAAACAUUUAAUCAUCCUACCUUUCAAAAGAAGGCUUGAAUUCCUGUGGAACAAUAAGGAGACGGCAGAAAACAGAGAAUCCCCUGUUUCUGAGGAGAUAAAAAUGACCUGUCAACAAUUUGUACAUUAUCACCGUGACCUGUGCAUCCGAAACAUUGUCAGAGAAAGAAGGUGCGGUACAAAGACCUCCGCCGGGACUUUCUGUGGCUGUGACCUGGUGAACUGGCUAAUUGAAGUCGGCCUUGCCUCUGACCGUGGUGAAGCUGUGAUCUAUGGGGACAGACUAGUGCAGGGAGGAGUCAUCCAACACAUCACCAAUGAAUAUGAAUUUCGGGACGAGUAUCUGUUUUACAGAUUUCUUCAGAAGAGUCCUCAACAGAGUCCUCCUGCUGUUACUGUAAGCAACCCCCAACAGGUAGGCUAUAAGGAAAGUGGCCACUCAUCGCCAUCCUCACUUUCCCCUAAGACUUAAAUUAUGAACUCGAAAACCCCACGUGGACUCGCACCCUCUAGCCUUGCAUCUGGCACUCUUAGCUGCGGGUCCUUGCUCGGGCAGGCUACCUUUCUGAGCGUCUGCCAUCCGUAAGUGGCAAAUGCAUUCCUACCCAUACUGACAUGCUGUAACCUUAUGUGUGUGGAAAGCACAUAGGAAACUGACAAGAGAAACCUGGAGUUAAACGUUCUGAUGAUGAAUACAAUAAUGCUAUAGGUGCCUCUAUUGUAACAAUAUUUUAAAAUCAUUUCUUUCUGCAACUGUUCGUUAUAAUUUCAAAGUCACUAUCCAACUGGCUGGUAGUUUUAAAUUGCCGAAUUUGGCAGGAUUGCUGCUCUAAAAAUGAACCUUAAGACAACUUUACAUUUAUCCAUAAUACUUCCCCCAAAAGACUUAUAUUGUUCUAGUAAAAACUUUUAUUUCUUUUUCCACUUCUUUGACAAAUACUACCAUUUAAAAAUUAAAGCUACUGUUUUGUUUCUGAGAUAAGGUCUUGUGUAGCCAGGAUGGCCUCAAAUUCCCUAUGU